AUUUUUGCAAAUUCUUAAAAUUAGCUCUGUGGUUCAGACUUCAGAUCACCACCGCAGAAUUAAGCCGGCUCGGCGGACUUAUUAGCGACCACCGUAUCAGAUCCAGGAGCUCCGAUUUCCGACAUCGUUUCUCCAUUGGCGGGGAUAAGAAAGAAAGAGAAUAGAGGGAUCUAUUUGCACAAAUACACUUAUUAUUCUCGGCGAACUCUCCUGUAAACCCUAAUUUGCUCCAAGUUCAGAAAUUUUGAAGAAAGAUGGGGAAGAAACAACACAGCAAAGACCGGAUGUACCUUACGAAGACGGAGUGGGCCACCGAGUGGGGUGGUGCUAAGUCGAAAGAACUCCGCACACCUUUUAAACGUCUUCCCUUCUAUUGCUGCGCCCUCACAUUUACUCCAUUCGAGGACGCAGUGUGCACUGAGGAUGGCAGCGUUUUCGAUAUCAUGCACAUAGUCCCCUACAUAAGGAAAUAUGGAAAGCAUCCUGUUUCUGGAAUUCCUCUCAAACAAGAAGAUCUCAUCCCACUUACAUUUCACAAAAACUCUGAAGGAGAGUAUCAUUGCCCUGUAUUAAACAAAGUUUUCACAGAGUUCACACACAUUGUUGCCAUAAAGACAACCGGAAAUGUCUUCUCCUACGAGGCAAUCAAAGAAUUAAACCUUAAAACCAAAAACUGGAAAGAGCUUCUAACCGAUGAACCCUUCACAAGGCAAGACAUCAUCACAAUUCAGAAUCCAAACACACUCGACAACAAAGCCCUGGUGGAUUUCGACCAUGUCAAAAAAAGCCUAAAACUUGACGAUGAAGAAAUCAAGAAAAUGGAAUCAGAUCCAAGCUACAACAUAAAUGUAAGAGGUGACAUAAAGCAAAUGCUAAAGGAGCUAAAAACAGAAAAGGGUCGGGAACUUGCACUGCAUGGUGGUGGUGGAGACAAGGCCCAAAACGAAAGAGCCGCCGCCCUCACCGCCAUUUUAGCCGCCAGAGAACGGAUUGAAGUCAAAAAAAGUCAACCAGGUUUCAGUGUUGUUGAUGCUGCAUCUGCUUCUGUUCAUGGAAGAAGUGCUGCUGCUGCUAAAGAUUCUUCAAGUGACAAAACAGCUGCAAGAAUUGCCAUGCAUAUGUCUGGUGAUAGAACACCUGUAAAUGCCAAAAUGGUAAAGAGCCGUUACACAAGUGGGGCCACAUCAAGAUCCUUCACAUCCACAUCAUACGACCCAAUCACAACGAACGAAUUCGAAUACAUAAAAGUUGAAAAAAAUCCAAACAAAAAAGGUUAUGUUCAAUUACACACAACACAUGGUGAUUUAAACAUCGAAUUACAUUGUGACAUAGCUCCAAGAGCAUGCGAAAAUUUCAUCACUCUUUGUGAGCGUGGCUACUACAAUGGUGUUGCCUUUCACAGAAACAUAAGGAAUUUUAUGAUACAAGGAGGGGAUCCAAGUGGGAGUGGGAAAGGAGGGGAGUCGAUAUGGGGAAAGGCGUUUAAUGAUGAAGUGAAUUCGAAAUUGCUUCAUUCUGGGAGAGGGGUUGUGAGUAUGGCGAAUACUGGGGCCCACACGAAUGGGUCCCAGUUUUUUAUACUUUAUAAAUCGGCGAAUCAUUUGAAUUUUAAACAUACGGUUUUUGGGGGAGUUGUUGGUGGGUUAACUACUUUGUCAGUUAUGGAGAAGGUUCCUGUUGAUGAUAAUGAUCGACCUCUGGAAGAGAUCAAGAUAAUUAGUGUAUCCGUGUUUGUUAAUCCUUACUCUGAACCAGAUGAAGAAGAAGAAGAAGAAAAAAAGAACGAAGAGGAGAAAACUGUUGAUGAUGAAGAAAAUGAAAAGAUUGGAUCCUGGUAUAGUAAUCCUGGAACAGGAGUAGAGGUAGAUGACUCUGGUGGCGGUGUUGGUAAAUACCUGAAAGCCAAGACCACCGACACCGCCACCGCCACCGCCAGUGAUGGUGGUGGUGGACAAUCGAAUGGUGUGGGAAAGAAAAGGAAAUUGGGUGUGUCAAAGCAAGAUUUUAAAGAUUUUUCUGGUUGGUAAAAGAUUUUAAAAAAUUGUGAUAAAAGUGUGAAAUAUUAUGAAACAUUAGAUUUUGUCUAA